CCGUUGAUCGGCGAAGACACGAGAGACGAAUCCCGUUCUCGUAAGUCGUAUCCCUAAAUCGAUCGAAACCCUAGUUCGGAAUUUACUGUUGAUCAUUGGAAACUGAAAGCUUCUUCACCGAUUUUUUUUUGAAGAAUGGUGGAUUCAAUCGAAGAGACGAACCCUAAUUCGAGUGAAAAUGGUACUGUUGAGAUCUCGCUCAAAACCAUCGGCCCAGCUCGCCCUUCUCGAAUUCGAGUGGCCUCUCGCAUCAAAGUUCGUGAUCUGAGAAAUCUGAUCGCGGGAAAGAAUCAAUGUCCUGUCGCGAAUUUGAGGAUUAUUCUGCGUGGGAAGGUAUUGCAAGACGAUGACGAUGGAGAUGAUGUAUACGUUACGCUCAAAGAUGGAGAUUCCUUGAUCGUUGCUGUGAGACCCAAACCACCUGUUGGAGUUGAGGCAGACGAAGAAGAUGACGAAUUGAAGUUUCAGCUCCCGCAAUCAGCAAGCCGCUGGAAGAGGAGGCUCUACUCCUUUCUGCGUAACAAGUUGAAGAUUCCCGAUAUUCUUCUCAUUGGACUUUUCUCUCUGAGUUUAAAAGCAUGGGUUAUCGUCAUCUUGUGGUUUCUCUUUGCACCUCUUGCCCAUCGUUGGGAACUCGGGCCUUUGUAUAUACUCGGGACUGGCUUUUCGAUCAUUCUGCUCAAUCUUGGUCAACGACAGCCUGGUGAUAUCAGCGCAUAUUCCAUAUUCAACGAGGAUUUCAGAGAGCUUCCGGGGACGUUAAACGCAGAUCGUAUAGAUCGAGACUUGAGAGCUGGCCAGUUUUGAAAAAGGGUUCUUUCUUUUGUUCAUGGCAUUGCCCCGGUUUAUUAGUUAACCAAAUUGCAAAGCAUUUGGUUAUUGACGCACGGUACAACUGGAACCGGUUUAUUCCGGUUUACUUGUAACAUGGGAGAUACGCACAUUCUUACCUGUAAUAUGUUCAUCUAGUCAGUCUCAUGGUUUUGUGCAAAGCCCAUGUUACUUACUGAUUUUGAUGAAUCCAUGAUUAAUGGAGAAUGAUCUACUAUA